AUGGAUCGCAGUAUGGGAUCGGCUGCUGAGCCGAUGCAUAUCGACCGGAAGCUGCUCUAUACAAACUUGGAAGAGCGAAUUAAGUACCUCCAUAGCUUCCUCGACUUCAACUCCAGCGAUGUCGAAGCCCUCUUGACCGGCAACAAAUACAUCAAGCAAUUGAUCCCGGCAGUGGUCAACCUGGUAUAUAAAAAGCUUCUCCAAUACGAUAUCACAUCUCGGGCCUUCCACACACGAACAACCGCCGACGAGACCGAGCCCGAAGAGGAGUAUCUCCACGAAGAGACACCGAAAAUCAAGCGACGCAAGAUGUUCCUGCGGUGGUACCUGACCCGUCUAUGCCAGGACCCGACCACAAUGGAUUUCUGGCGGUACUUGAACAAGGUUGGCAUGAUGCACAGCGGACAAUCACGCCAGUUACCUUUGAACAUCGAGUACAUCCACCUCGGGGUAUGUCUGGGAUACAUCCAAGACAUCUGGAUUGAAGCGAUGCUAUCGCACCCUCAUCUGUCGCUGCGACGCAAGAUCGCGCUCGUGCGCGCCGUCAACAAGAUCCUCUGGAUCCAGAACGACCUCUUCGCUCGGUACCACUCGAGCGAUGGCGAGGAGUUCGCAGAUGAGAUGUCUCUAUUCAACGACGCCGAUGAGCAGGAGGGAUAUCUCGGGGACAAACGCAUUCUCGGCAGCAGCUCCGGUAGUUCGACCGACGAUGACCGGUCCAGUAUCUCGAGUGGCGUGGCACCUUCUAUAAAUAGUAUGGCGCCGUCGACGAUAGGAGAUGCAUCGACUACAUCCAGGGGGUCGGCGUGUCCUUUCGCUGAAAUGGCCAAAAGCAACAGUUCGACUGAGACGAAGAUUUGGGCUAAUUGA